AUGACGCACUGCUUACCAGAGGCUUCACCGAUAAGAGAUACACCGGGAAACCCUGUUCAUACCUGGGGGACAGUUUUGUUGUCGCGCUGGCUUUGAAUUUAUGCACGAAUCUUAAUGGUGUGUUUAAUGUGAUAUCGGGAAAAUACGGCAAAGAAGGAGGUCGGACGCCUCCCACAGCCAUUGUUUCUGUUUUGAUCUGCAACUUCCCGUCAGGGGGAGGCAAUGACUGGCACUGCAAAAUGUCCAACGAUCAAAUGAAACUAACGACGCAAACAAGUACGAUGGACUGCUGUGGUCUAGUAACUGCCCAGAAGGAGCCAGUUCCUCUGAAGAGCAUCGAGGUGGAGCUGGAGGUGAGGGACCAUGUGGCUACAGUGGUCUCCACUCUGAACUAUGAGAACAAGGAGGACCAACCAAUAGAAGCUGUUUUUGUUUUCCCUCUGCCUGGAGAUGCGGCUGUCUGUCAUUUCAGUGCUAAGAUUGGACAGACGCAGAUUGUGGCUGAGGUGAAGGAGAAACAGCAGGCCCAUGAGGACUAUGAUGAUGCGCUGAGCUCCGGUCAGCAGGCCUUCCUAUUGGAGGAGAGUGAGCAGAGUCCAGAUGUAUUCUGUCUGAGUGUGGGCAGUCUGCCUCCAGGAGAGAGCGCCUCCAUCAGGCUGGAGUACGUCAGUGAGCUGGCUGUGCAGGCUGAUGAGGGGCUGAGGUUUUGUCUGCCUGCUGUGCUCAACCCUCGCUACCAACCUCAGGGUAGUGAAGGUGCCAGUGUUAAGGUGACUUCUGUUCCAGCCUCUCUGGUGCCCUACACUCUGUCUUUCUCUGCCCGAGUGUCCUCUCCUCGUCAAAUCUCUAAAGUAGAGUCCAACUGUUCCCUUGACCCUCUCCAGUACCUCAGCACAGAGCAGACCCAGGCCGCGGUCAAGUUGGCUGCAGGACACAAGUUUGACAGGGAUGUUGAAGUGCUGAUUUAUUACAAAGAUGCCCACCAGCCCACUGCUGUGGUGGAGGCAGGACAGGCCUCUGCCAAGCCUGGCACUCUGAUGGGUGAUCCAGUAGUGAUGCUGAGCCUGUACCCUGAGUUCCCCAAGUCUGUGAUGUCUUCAGUCGUCUCCUGUGGAGAGUUUGUGUUCUUACUGGAUCGGUCUGGGAGUAUGGAUUUUGCUACCACUGUCGAUGAGCAGCAAGAAACUCGCAUUGGCAGUGCCAGGGAUACUCUGCUGCUCCUGUUGAAGAGCUUACCAAUGGGCAGCUAUUUCAACAUCUAUAGUUUUGGGUCCAGUUAUGAACACAUCUUCCCUAAGAGUGUGGAGUACAGUGAGAAGACCUUGGAAGAGGCUCUGAAGAAAGUUGAAAAGAUGACCGCUGAUCUGGGAGGAACAGAAAUCCUUGAGCCUCUCAAGCACAUUUAUAGCCAGCCCUGCAUUCCAAAUCAACCUAGACAAUUAUUUGUCUUUACUGACGGUGAGGUGGGUAACACAAAAGAAGUGAUAAAUCUGGUGAGGAAGAAUUCAGGUUCCCACAGGUGUUUCUCUUUUGGGAUUGGGGAAGGGGCCAGCUCUGCUCUUAUCAAUGGGUUGGCCAAGGAAGGAGGAGGUCAUGCACAGUUCAUCACAGGGACGGACAGGAUGCAACCCAAAGCAAUGCAGUCGCUACGAUUUGCUCUUCAGCCAGUGGUGGUGAACAUCUCAGUCACAUGGGAUUUGCCAAAAGGAGUAUCUGUCACUUCUCUCUCUCCACCAAUCACAACACUUUUCCAGGGUCAAAGGUCACUGAUUUAUGCCCAGCUUACUGGACAGAGUUCAGAAGCAGCAGAGGGCUGCGUGACUGUGAAGUACAGCCUGGCAGAUCGUCCCUCUCAGAACCAACUCCACUUCAGUCUCAAACCUGCAGAGGACACAGGAUUAACCGUCCACAGGUUGGGUGCUCAGACUCUGAUUCGCUCCCUGGAGAUGGAGGAGAGAGACGAUGAUGGAAAGCAUGAUGAGGCAGUGAAGGAGAAGGUGGUGGAGCUCAGUGUCCAGUCAGGAGUGAGCAGUUCCUUCACUGCCUUCAUUGCUGUCAACAAAGGCAACGGUGAACCGAUUCAAGGACCUCUGGUGUGCAGAUAUGUUGAAACACCAAUGGCGAACUACAACUUUUGUGCUAUGAGGAGUUCAAAUUCGUUAUUUCCCGUGCCAGUUGGAAACACAACGGUGCAUUCUGCUUGUUAUUCCUCAUCUUUCGAUGCAUCCUUUGACUCGUGUCGUAGAGAGGUUGACGUAUCCAUGAUCAAGCAGCCCCCCAGAGACCCUUUGUUGCAGUUGGUCUCCCUCCAGAAGGCCACUGGCUGCUGGCUGCUAGAUCCAGCUCUGGCCACUGCCCUGGGAAAGACCAGCGAGGAGGUGGAGAAAACAAAACCUUCAGUUGUCAACAAGGAAGUGUGGGCGACCAUUCUGGCUCUGAUCUGGCUUCAUGCUCUCAAGAUGGAUUUUAAGGAAGAGUGGGAGCUUCUGGCUAUGAAAGCUGUGUCAUGGCUCCGUGCUCAGAAUGCAGCAUGUGUGGCAGAGUGUGUGGAAGCUGGAAAUACACUGUUGGGUUGCGAGGUGCAGAAAGAUGUCCUGGGGCUCUGAGGUUUUCAUUAAACUGGCUCCCCCUUCAGGAUUGGUACACAGAAGCAGAUUGUCUCGCUCCUACAACCUUUAUGUCACACGGUACUCUUUGCACUAUCUAGCUUUAUGAUAAUGUGUGCCUUAGUGUAUUUGCACUUUCUCUGUCCAGGAUCAGCCAUGUAAGAAGACGAAGAAUUGCUCUUGUGUUCUGCACCUUUAAUGUUGCUUUGUAUCGGAAAGUGUUUUACUCACAAACAUUAAAGUUGAAUCUUUGGGUCUGAAA